AUGGCCUUCCCGCACUUUGGUCACCCGUAUGGCAGCGCUUCCCAGUUUCUGGUGUCUGCAAAUUCCAGCGCCACUUGCUGCGAAUCCUCCCCGAGCUCUGUCCCAGACGUGGCCUCGGGCUCCACCCCGGCGGCGGCUCUCUGCUUAGCACCCUACGAUAACGGGCUGCUGGGCAGUGCGCGGCCGGAGCUGGGCACGGCCUUGGGCAUCUAUGGAGCCCCCUACGCGGCCGCUGCAGCUGCUCAGAGCUACCCUGGGUACCUGCCCUACAGCCCGGAGCCACCCGCGCUGUACGGGGCGCUGAACGCACAGUAUGAAUUUAAGGAGACUGCAGGGAACUUCACACCCGGCCUGUCACAACCGGGAGCCUAUUGUCCCUAUGAGCCGACUCUGGGGCAAUACCCCUAUGACCGGUACAGCAGCGCCGUGGAGUUGACCAGUGCCGGGCGCAGGAAGAACGCCACCCGGGAAACCACGAGCACGCUCAAGGCCUGGCUCCACGAGCACCGCAAGAACCCCUACCCCACCAAGGGCGAGAAGAUCAUGCUGGCCAUCAUCACCAAGAUGACCCUCACCCAGGUGUCCACCUGGUUCGCCAACGCGCGCCGGCGCCUCAAGAAGGAGAACAAGAUGACCUGGGCGCCCAAGAACAAAGGCGGGGAGGAGAGGAAGGCGGAGGAUGGGGCCGAGGAGUCGCUGGGCUGCCUACAUGGCGGCGACACCAAAGACCUCGCUGCGAGCUGGGAAGCUCGGGGAUUUCUGGCUGAGUGA